UGGAGGCUCUUUUUCUACAACACAAAAUAUUUUUAAUUGUGAGCGCUCUCAAGCAGCAAGGCAAACAGAAGUCCAAAAGCGUCUGACAGCAAGGAAACGAGCUCAAAUACAGUCGAUGUUAGUACGCAUCAGUACGCCUCCACCGGUUCCAGGAAGGAAACAUGAGCCAGUACAAACUGAGUUGUACCUUGAAGAAUUAUUCGAGAAACCAGAUGAAUCUGAAGUUGCUGUUCAAACAGAAUACUUUCUGGACAGACCUUCUACACCUCCUUAUUGUCAUCCAAAAACAGGCGAAGAUGCAUUUACACAAAUUGAGCCUGGUGAUCUUUUCGACUACGAUUUAGAAGUCCAACCAAUCUUAGAAGUCCUUGUUGGCAAGACUAUCGAGCAGGCACUGAUAGAGGUCUUUGAAGAGGAGGAAUGUGCGCGAAUUCGUGAACAGCAGAGGAACUUCUACGAGCUCCGUGCUACUGAAAUAGCUGAACAGCAGAGACUUGAAGAGCAAGACAGACGUAUUCGCGAAGAGAAGGAUCGACGAGUGAAACAACACGAAGAAGCAGUAAAAGUUCAGUUAGAAACUGAAGAAAGAGUUGCAGCAACUGUCUUACUCACAGGCUACAUAGCUGAGUUACUGCCGGCAGUUCUAGAAAAUUUGAAAAUAUCAGGCGUCAUUCUUGAUGAAAUAAAAGCAGAUGUUGAAGAAGAUUUCAUGCCAUGGCUGAUGAAGGAAGUUAAAAAAGGAAUGGGAACUACGAUCGACAGUAAGGAGAUUUUAGAAGACAUUGUAAGGGAAAUAAUUGAAAGUAGAGCUGAUACUUACAAACAACUGGGAGAAGAAAAUGAUUCAAGAAAAUCGCAGCCAAACUUCUUUGGAGACGUAUGCAAAGGAACAGCUGAGUCUGAAGAUUGCAUAUCAAUAAUUGACAAUGAAAUCAGUGGUUACACAAACCAUAUUGAUUGA